GUUUGUGCCUAUCAUUUGGUCUGAUAAGCCCUCACUAUUAACUGCCUCACGGUUGUGGAUAAUUUAAUUUAAUUGAUAUUAUUAUAUCAAGGGCUAGAAGCAACUUUUGUAAUAAUUUAGUUAUAUUUUCUUAUAUUCUUUCAGGUGAAGAACAAAAGCAGACAAGUUCUGUGGAACCACAUGCUCAGAUACAUCACUCUAGGAUCAAUCAUAGUUUCCGACAGCACAGCCCAGUAUCGCGGUUGUACAGCUUUGGGCUUCUAUGAACAUAAGAUCGUCAAUCACAGCCAGUGGGGCCCCGGGAGAUUCGUCGUCAUGGAUGAUCCUGAAGCGCACACUCAAAACAUUGAGUGUAUACAUCACUGGCUAAAGAAGUCCAUCAAGUUGCUCCGCACAGACAGGAGCCUACAAAGUUACACCUGCACCUAUGUGUACAGGAUGUGGUUCUUGUCUCAGUUGCCAACAACAUCAGCAAAAUUCCAACAGUUCAUUGAGGACAUUGUGGCCAUCUACACAGGCCCUUUAGUCUGCCAAUGUGGCUCAGGACUUAACUCACUUGAGAUUGUGUUAGAAAAGAAUCGGGGAGAUUUUCUCAAAAAUUUCCCAGAAGAAAAAGGUUUGAGUCGACACUGUACAUUCAGACCCCUAAUUCAAAUUUGCUUGGGGUCCGAUUAAUCUAUAAUGCACCACUGACAUUUACUACACAUCUAAUUGUCUGGUUUUAUCAACACUCCUUUUCUUUGAGCUUGUCUUGUACUCACUCAAUGCACUUGUCAUACAUUCAGGCAAGUUGCCACUUAUAACCUGCAUUUAGCUCCUAAGCUUGUAUUUGAUUUAACCAUAAUAUAAAUUUAAGGAAUCUGCCAAAAUGUGAAAGAGAAGAAAGUCAUCUGUUUUAAUUUUACUAAUAUGCAGAAAACUAGUAAUUGUGAGUAACGGUAACAAUAAAUAAGUGGGGCACAAGUAAUUUUAAAUCAGAGGCUGAUGUACAGUGUUGACUACAGAAAUUUUUUCGGGAAAGCUUUUGGAGAAAUAUUUAUUUAUGAAAGAUUGCUUUAAAGUCGCCUAUUGAUGGAGCCCCAGGCAAUUAUCUUUCUUGUCCACGGGAUGACUAAUAAUAAUAAUGCAAAUUAUAAGUACAAGCAGAUAAUUGAGUGAGGAGUUCUACUUUCAACUUUGGUGUCAAAUUUAAAAUUACCGCAAAAAAACUUUUUUAAAAUAUUUUCUAUAUGUUUGAUCUAGUUAAUUUUAUAAAUUCUGCUGUAUGGAAAAAUGUGAGAAAUGUGCUUUAAUAACUUUUUAAGGCUCCUACAUCAUCCAAAAUAUGUUUUCAUGCUUGAUUUGUGGAAUAUCUCAAGAAAAGAACACGAUUUAACAUAAAAAUC